GGACACUGCACACGAGAGCUUUACACUGCACACCACAGGAUAGUGGCGGUUUGUUGCUCCUCUCCCAAUAUAACAUGGAGGUGGCACCCUGUGUCCAGGAAGCUAAUAGCCGUGCAGCAUCACUGUUGGCAAGUCUGAACAUCCAAAGAGGACGAGCUCAGUUCUGUGACUGUGUGGUCAGACAGAGACAGAACCUGAGUCAACUUCAUCCUGCACACAGGUGUGUUCUGGCAGCUUCUAGUCCAGUGUUGGCAUCUAUCUUGUCCUCUUCUGGUGCCCUGGUGGAACUGCAGGCUCCAUGUCUGUCUGACUCUGUACUGGCACUUCUUUUGGAUUACAUUUACACAGGGGCUUUGCCAUACACUCACAGCCAGCGCCAGUAUUAUAAUCUACUUGCUGCCGCCUGCCACUUGCAGAUGAAUGAACUGCAGGAGGCUCUGAAGGCUUGGCACCAGAAUGCAGGUGAUACAAAUGCUUCUGCUGGAGCUAAGAAUCAGCCAUAUAAAGACAUUAACAAUACUUAUAGUACAACUGUGAACACUUUUAGUGAGCAUCUGCCAUUAUCACUGGAGAGAGAGGAUCAUCAAUAUUCAGCCACUGUGGACACAUGUGAUGACUUAGAUCCAUGUAGAACUAGCAGUAAAAAUGGUGCAAACCACUGUAGCAGAAAAGAUGCAAGCACUAUAAGCAAUGCAAGUACCUGUAGUGUAAAUACAUGUGACUACAGGCAAGUAACUCAUCUGACACCUGAGGAUUUGAUUCAAAAUACCCCUUGCACCACCGAAGGGCAUGUGGUAUCUGGAGUGGACAAAGGUGAGGUGCAAAAUGAUCCGUUUCAUUCAGCUUAUUCAGAUUGCAUAGCGGAGGAGCUAGAGAAGACACACGAGGACAGGAGGAGCUUGACUUUACCGUGCACUGCUGAGGUUCAAGAGGAAGAGAUGAGCAGAGCAGAGAAGAAGCAGCGACUGUGUUUAACAGUGAAAAGUAAAGCAGAGGAGAAGGAAACUAAUAGAAAAGAGGAAGACAAGACUCAGACCUGUCUCUCAGCCUCCCACCUCAGGGAAAAUGUUCCCCCUUCACAGUGCUCCUCCUCAUCCUCUUCCUCAUCCCCGCAUCCGUGCUGUGGAGCAGUGCCUGUCAUUCGUCACAGCAGUAGAGCAGCUAUGCUCCAUCUGGCAGAAGUGUCUCCAAUGCCUCCUCACCAUCCAGUAUUCCAGGCCUCAUGCAGCUCCAACAGGGCCCCUGACUCACCAUCAGGAAGCACAGACAGUGACAGCAUUGUUGAAGGUAUUACCGCUACACACAAAAAUCUCUAUGGGGAACAGAAUAAUGAUUACAGAUACAAAAAAGAACACAUUGGGACACAGAAUUGGGAUCAAAAGGAUAGUUCAAAUCAAUCUCACAUCCUAAAACAGGAUUACGACAGCAGCAAUACCGAUCAUUUCAUAGGACAGAAUGAUGAACAUAUGAGCAAUGGAUUAUCCCACAUUACAGAUCAUACUCAUCGCCAUGCUUAUUGUGAUUCAUUUCAGAAUAAGAAUCGCACAAAACAUCUUAGAGAUGAUUUAGUGCCACAGAAUGAGGAGAGCAGCAAUUUCGUAAGAGGAUUGCAGUAUAAACCUGAUAUCAGUUUUGAUGAUUUUACCUCCAAAACUCCGCGACUGGAUUGUUCUGAUGAUUGCCAAAAUGUCUGGAUGGCAACUGCAGCAGAGGAACAGUACAUUCGCUCACAAGAUACGAGCGCUGUAGUUUCACUUCCUGUACAGGACUCAAACACAGGAAGUGACUCUCACUGUGAAAAUUUGUGUUCCCAGGGAGAAACAAAAGAGGAAUACAGUUACUCAAGGUGUCCAGCUGGAACAGAUAGACAGGACAGCCACUGUUACCUCUACGGACCCAAGGCGGAUUGGUACACAAACUUGCAUCGAGCUGAAAGGAGCACAAAAGAUGCUGCCUCUAGCCAGCAUGAACGUGACUCAGACAACAGAGACACACCUAUGAUGGACAAAAGACACAGUGUUGAUGUUUGUCGGCCAGUCUCCACCACUCCAGAAUCAUGUUUGGAUAGCGUCGCUGGUGGUCUCUCUGGCAUUGAACACCGUACACCUGUGGAACUCGGAAAGAUGUCAGGCACUGAGCUCACAGAGCCACCCUUAACUUUUACAAUGUCUAUGGCCCACAACACCACUGACCCUACUUACAGUGUUGUGCGCCCAUCAUACUGUGGACAUCUUCAAUAUCACUGCCUACCACAAGAGGAAACUUACUUAUCACACAGAUACUCUGGUCGCAAACACUCCCACCCGAGCCACCCUGAUCAUUCAGACCAGUCCAGUGAUGAGGGGGAGGUUGGUACCUUUGCCAGUCCAGGUUACAGUCCUCUGAGGCAGCAGUUUGCUACAGGAACUACAGACCAGAUUCUACUGCUGGACAUUAAUGCCACACCUGCUGAGUUGCUAGUUGCUAAUGCAAUCCACCAAAAGGAAACAUUUGGAAAUGGGUUUGGGGAUAAUGUUAGAGAGCAAUGGACUGAGGAAACAUCUGUAGCAUGUGUUGAUACUAAAUAUCAGGUUGGAGAAACAAAUGUUGAAGAAAGAAAAUCUGUUGGUAAAGACCAAAGCAGGCCAGGAGCUGAGGUUAUACAUAAAGCUGAGGUUGAGGAGGGGGUUUCCAACCCUAUAAAUGGUCAGAGCCAAGCCCCUACCUUGGCAGUCUGUUCACCUACUGAUGUGCAAGACUCUAUACAAUCCAAAAUGUCAUCUACCUUGUCUAUCUGCAUACCUUCUACCCUGGCAGCCAGUAUGGCAACAAAUCUAUCAGUUCACCUGCCAAACCCUGUUCACCACCCUUUCAAGUGCUCUCUGUGCCACCGUGCCUUCAGCCAACGAGGCUCUCUAAAUAGACACCCUUCACCUGCCCCCGCUGCCCUAUGA